AUGGGUUUUCGUUUACCUAGUAUCAGAAAGGCAACAUCUGCUGCUAACCAAGCAUCUUCACAAGUUGUGGAGGUGCCAAAAGGCUAUCUUGCUGUGUAUGUUGGAGAGAGAAUGAAGCGGUUUGUGAUUCCCAUAUCAUACUUGAACCAACCUUCAUUCCAAGACUUGUUGAGUCAAGUUGAGGAAGAGUUUGGAUAUUAUCACCCCAAGGGUGGCCUCACAAUUCCUUGCUGCGAAGAUGUCUUCCAACAGAUAACUUCUCACCUAGAAGGACUAUAAAUCUCACACUGUAGCAGCUGACAUAGAGUU